AUGAAUAAUAAUGGCUUUAUUGUAUAUAUAAUUGGUACAACAGCAGCAGGAAAGACAAACUUAUCUUUGAAUUUAGGAAUAGACAAUUAUGAGAUUAUAUCUUGCGAUUCAAUGCAAAUUUACAAAGAAGCUAAUAUUAUGACUGCAAAAGCCACAGCGGCAGAACAGGCAAUAAAAAAGCAUCACGGAAUUGAUUUGUUAGAUUUAUAAUCUGAAGGAUUUAAUCGAAAAUAAUGGAACAAUAGUAAGAACUCUUAUUAACUCCAUUUUAGUGGCAAUCUAAAAAAUAGAGGAAUUAUAGUCAAAAGCAAAAAUUCCGGUCUUAGUAGGAGGCACACAUUAUUACAUAGAAUCAAUAUUAUUUAAUUAAGAGACAGAAGAUAAAUAAAUGAUUUAGGUAGCUGAAUUAAACUUAAAUGGAAAAGAGCCUUAUUAAUUUUUAAAUGAGAUAGAUCCUUUGGCUGCUGAAAAAUUUCAUCCAAAUGAUCAUAGAAGAAUUAUAAACUCAAUUAAAUUUUAUCAAACUACAGGAUAAUUACCAUCUGAAUAGUUAGAUCAUCAUUCAGAUUAAUGUAAAUUAAGAAGCAAUAAUUUCUUAAUACUUUGGCCUAAAUGGAAGAAAAGUGAAGAUUUAAAGAUGAAAGUUACUGAAAGGAUAAAUGAAAUGCUUGAUUAAGGAGGUAUAGAAGAAAUAUUAAGAAUAUUCGAAAUAUUACAUAACAAUUAAAAUUAGGUUGGUGGAGUACUAUAAAGUAUAGGAUAUAGAUAAUUCAAUAAACUUUAUUAAUAUUAUAAAGAAUCGGGGUUGCAAUUUCCAAAUGUCGAUGAUAAAUUUUAAGAACUAUUAAAAGAAGGGACAGAAAGAUUAAUUAAUGAUACAAUGGCUUAUACAAAAAAAUAAAUUUAAUGGAUCAAAAAUAGAAUUUUAUGCAAUUCGAAAAUUGAUAUUAUAGCUAAUAGAUUAUUUUUAUUGGAAUUUGAAUCAACUCAAACUUUUAAAGAGUAGGUUGUAAUUCCAGCAUAAAAAAUUUAUAGUUUGUUUUGUUAAUUAUCUUAAGAUGAUAAAUUAGGGGAUGAGUAAUUUAAAAUAAGUUCAUAAAAAUUAGAAAAUAUUUUAACAAUAACUCCUUAAAUGAUAGAAAAGUAUAAAUAAACUCAAAAACUAAAAUCAAGAACAAAUUGGAAAAAAUAAGUAUGUAAAUUAUGCAAUAAAACAAUGAAUGGACCGUUUGAAAUUGAAUAACAUUUUAAGUCCCGUUACCAUAAAUUAAAUCUUUUGAAAGAUGCAAAAUUGUAAAAUAAAAAACAAAAAAUAGAUUGA